UCGGCGAGCUCUCGUCUCGGGUGCUGACUGCCAGCCGGGUGGCCAGGUCAGAGCCCGGGGCGGCAGACGGGUGACGCUCGUUGACCAGUGGCGGCUUACAGGAGCGGCGGGCCGUGCACUGAGUGUUGCCGGGGACCUGAGUGUCGGCGGAUACCGAGCGGACCGACGCACCGCCGGCAGACAGCGAUAGUGACCAGACCGCGUCACGGAACAGCUGGAGCGGUGCGCACGCUGCGGGUCACCGGGAGAGCAGCCGGCGAGGCGACCAGCGCCAGCGAUCACGCCAGCUGUGAGGCUGUGCGCCUCUCACGAGUGUGGUGAUCUGACGGCCGACCAGCGCGCAGCACGGGCAGCCAGGGCAGCCGCGGGGCGGCCGGGCAUGGGGCGGGCAGUGCAGACCGCAGGCAGGACUGGUCGGCCGGCGGCCCGGCCGGGCUCGCGGCUGGGUUCCGUCACGAGCCUCCGACUGAUGGUGACGCUGCUCGUCCUGGUCAUCGCCGACACAGGCCGGUGUCUCGACCUCACCAAGCUGGAGCUGGAUUCACAAGGCGAGGACCCGUCUGAUGUCGCGCCAGCUGCGCAUGAGAUGGUGGACCAGGCGUGCUCGCCCGACUCAACAAAGUGCAAAUUCACGUGCACGCUGCGUGACCUAGCCGUGACUCCCAUCGACAGCGAUCAGUCCACCUGUCCGGAUGCCGUCAUCACGUGGACGUUCAGCGGCUCGGCCGACUCGGUGGUGCGGCUCCGUCUGGCGCCGGCCGGGUCCGGCACCCGCUUCGGUCCGGGCGAGAGCCUGACGCUGCGAGACGACGGCGGAGAGCUGGCGGCGCUGACGCAGGCCGGCGAGGCCUGGGUGGCGAGCCGCGGUGCCAGCCUCACCGCCGAGUAUCGGCGCGCCGGAGAUCAGGCCCAGCGCGGUCGCGUGAUCAUGACGCUUGUAGCCUACAACACCAGUAAGCUCGGAGGAGAGGCAGGGAUGCGGAGCGAAGGAAAGGCUGGAAAGAGAAUGGCAAAGUGGGAGAGGACGGUGGACGUGGGUGGACGUGCACCGAGGGACGCCUAGGAUUGAAGAAGCUAAUGUGUUUUCGUCAUACAUUCGAAUAUUCGUGCUUUUUACUGUACGUUGUAGAAUUUGCGACUUUCGUCAGAUUCUCGGCUCUUUUGGAGGCGGGCUUCCUCAAAUGAGAACAGAAUUUCGAACAAUAACGCCUACAAAGAUGACAUUU